AGCACAUCCACAACAAGUUGAACCUCGUCAGAUCCCAUUUGUGUAAACAGACAAAUCAAAUUUCACUCCCUGUUCACCAAGCUUUUCCGGCAUUUACCAGAUUUUACGGUUACCAACACAGCGCUAAUCUUGUCCUGCUGAGAGGAAAGGCGAAUCGCAAAGUCGUUUAUGACCCGGGACAAAAUAGCUGAACUGGAGUCAAACAGCCGUCGAUAGCCAUUACUUUGCGGCGCACGAGUUCUCUGUUUUGUUGGAUCACCGUCCAUCCCAUUGUCAUUGGCCUAUCUCGCGUUCUGGGACUUCGUUGGGUAGUGGCGGUAGAGGGGAAGCGGAGAUAGCGCUAGGCAGUCGUGUGAGUUUGGGAGUGUCCCACCCCAUCAUCAUCAUUGGCAGCGGCAGCGGCAGCAGCCAUGACUGAGGUGAUAAAACAAGGCUACUUAGUCAAGUCGCCACCUUUGUCGGAAACUGGCAGUACAACGAUGAAGGGUUGGAAGCGUCGCUGGUUCAUCCUACGCAACGACCAUGGAAAGUAUUCACUGCAAUACUUUGAAAGCGAAGGUUCUGCAGCUGGCGGCCAGCAGCCUAAAGGCACCAUCUUACUGCAAGACUGCACAUGCGUGCACAGUGACAUGAAGCACAACAAACACCGGAACGUCUUUGGCGUUGCCAUACCAACUCGCACCUAUUACAUGGCCGCCGAAUCACAGAUGGAGAUGGACGAGUGGACAGCACUACUAUGUCGGAUUCUAGGUUUUGCCAAGGGACAGAUGAUGACUCUAGCACGUAGCACAGCAGCGGAUGCCAUCUCACCGGUCAUGGCCGUCGACGACAGCCGGGCAACGUUUGCAAAGUCACGCUCAGCCAGUACAGCGACGAUGCCAGUAGCAGCACCCAGGGGGACGUUGCAACGUACCAAGUCAGAAGUUUCUUCCUUUUCAACAUCAUUGCCUGUCCCGAUUGCUGCUGGUACGGGAGCAUCAACACUGAGAAGAACAAGUACAGAUUCAUCACUCAGUCCUCCUUCAGAACAAGUGUGCUUGGUCAAUCGUGAAGUCAUCGUGAAGGUAGAGAAGCGCUUUGCAAUGCGUUCAAUUGCGUUUGUUGAUGCAAUGGAUGGUGUGUGGAUCGGCGGUUGGAACCACAAUGUGCCGGCGUUGAGCGGCCUGUUCAAGUUUGGUGAUCAAGUGCUGAGAGUGGGCGGACAGCCGGUGGUGUCGGCGGAAGCGGCUAACCGGGCUAUCGACUGCUUCACUGGCGGCGGAGAGAUGGACAUUCUGCUACUAAGAACACCCUGGGCUAUGGAGGUGGAGAUACAGAGACGAUCACGCAGCGAACCUCUUGGCGUGAGCCUGAAAGAAAACAAGAUAACAAGCGUCAAGUCGAAUGGCGCUGCAGCUCAGUGCGGUAUGAGCGAGCAAGCGGUGGGCUUGACUGGGGACUUGGUGUCGUGGAUCAUCAGUGAGGUGAACGGGCGGCCUGUCAGUCUGACGCCCCGCCACAAGGAUGACACCUACAAGCUACUGCAUGCAACUGGGAUGACUGUCCAGUUACUGCUGCAACCGGAGGACUUUGUCAAGCUGCUGUUCAAGAAGCUAAAGUCGACAUACAAACAAUACUCAGCAUUCAUUCCUGGCUAGUAACGUUUCACAUUAAUUUGAGGGUGUGCGUGCUGUGUACUUUUUAACGCAGUUCGGCGUUGUGCGUGUGACCCUGCCAGGGUUCUGGACUUGAGUCUCUUAUCAUUAUGGAAAACUGCUUAUGCUGUUUUGUUAUCAUGUAUUGAUUUCCUACCCUUCGACGACUUGAGCUUGUCAAAGCAUUAGUAGGUUUAAAAUAUACAUAAUCCUCAGCAUUCCGCGGCUGCCAGGAAUGCUACACCACUCUUCAGUCUCCACUGGAAUGAUGUUAGGGUAAUCUGGGAGUGGUAGAGCUAUUGUAUUGUGUGUGCUGGCAUGCUAUUAAAAGUAAGAACAAUCAAAUUGGUUGUCAUUUUCUCGUGCGAGUAAUAAUGUUUUAACACACUUUUGAUUGCACGUGCGACUGCUGUUGUUGCUGCUGCUGUUGAGGAGAUAGUCACUAAGACGUCGGUCAUGAUUAUUGCAACACAUCGGUGGUGCUCUUUUGCAAUGGCGGAACGUUUCUACCAACGCUCGGCACACCCGGGCUGUAUCCAGUA